AGUCUUCAACAGGUGUACCAGCUUCUCCCCUCCAGUCUUACACAGGUGUAUCGGCUCCUCCCCUCAGUCUUGCACAGGUAUAACGGCUCCUCCCCUCAGUCUUGCUCAGUCUUGCACAGGUGUACCAGCUCCUCCCCUUCAGUCUUGCUCAGUUGUAUCAGCUCCUCCCCUCAGUCUUGCACAGGUGUAACGGCUCCUCCCCCCCUCAGUCUUGCACAGGUGUACCAGCUCCUCCCCUUCAGUCUUGCACAGGUGUACCAGCUCCUCCCCUCAGUCUUGCACAGGUGUACCGGCUCCUCCCCUUCAGUCUUGCACAGGUGUUCAGGCUCCUCCCAUUCAGUCUUGCACAGGUGUAUCAGCUCCUCCCCUUCAGUCUUGCACAGGUGUACCAGCUCCUCCCCUUCAGUCUUGCACAGGUGUACCAGCUCCUCCCCUUCAGUCUUGCACAGGUGUAGCCUCCAUUUCCUGUUCUUACCUGACAGGAGUGACACCCUCCAUCUGCUUCAAGGUUGGACGUGU